AUGGUGGAUGCUGAUGCCUGCGCGGGCGGCGAGGGCGCCCGGAGGAAGAUGGAUGCCCUGGCCGACGGCGCCCUCGAGAUCGUCCCUUUGGAGCUCUAUGAUUCAGCCCGAGCGAAAAUAGCUGCUAAUCUGCAAUGGAUCUGCGCGAAAGCCUACGGAAUAGAUAAUGUCCCGGAAGAGCUGAAGGACCCGUUCUACAUAGACCAGUACGAGCAGGAGCACAUCAAACCACCCGUCAUCAAGCUGCUGCUGUCCAGCGAGCUCUACUGUCGUGUCUGCAGCCUCAUUCUGAAGGGGGAUCAGGUGGCUGCUCUGCAGGGACACCAGUCCGUGAUCCAGGCUCUGUCUCGGAAGGGGAUUUACGUCAUGGAGAGCGAUGAUACACCUGUGUCUGAAUCCGAUCUGGGCUGCGCACCAAUCAAAAUGAGUUCUCAUAUGGCAAUGAUCGAUGCUCUGAUGAUGGCCUAUACUGUAGAAAUGAUCAGCAUUGAGAAGGUGGUCGCCAGCGUCAAGCGUUUCUCUACGUUCAGUGCCUCAAAAGAACUACCCUAUGAUCUGGAGGAUGCAAUGGUUUUCUGGAUUAACAAGGUGAACCUUAAAAUGAGAGAGAUAACAGAGAAAGAGAUAAAAUUAAAACAGCAGUUAAUGGAAAGUCCGGGACACCAAAAGUCUCCUUCCAAAUGGUAUUGGAAAUUAGUACCUGUGCGUUACCGAAGAGACCAUCUUUCCAGCAGGCAGUUGCCUUACUUUCCUUUGCUUGAAGAUUUGAUGAAGGAUGGGAGUGAUGGUGCUGCUCUUUUAGCUGUGAUACACUAUUAUUGCCCAGAGCACAUGAAACUAGAUGAUAUUUGCUUGAAGGAGGUAACUUCCAUUGCAGACAGCCUCUAUAAUAUUCAACUUUUGAGAGAAUUCUCAAAUGAGUAUCUAAACAAAUGUUUUUACCUCACGUUGGAGGACAUGUUAUACGCUCCUUUGGUCUUAAAGCCUAAUGUCAUGGUUUUCAUUGCGGAACUCUUCUGGUGGUUUGAAAAUGUCAAACCAGACUUUGUACAGCCGAGGGAUAUUCAGGAAAUAAAAGAUGUUAAAACAGUGCUGCAGCAGAAGAGCAGUCGCCCGCCGGUUCCGAUCUCCAACGCAACCAAACGGAGUUUCAUGGCCAGCCCUGCUGGUGCAAACCCAGCAGAGCUGCAGCCUUCAGCUCAGGCAGGCCCUGAACCUUGCAAUAGAUAUUACCUGCACCCCGAGGAGUCUGACUAUCUUGGCAAAGGAGGAAGCCCUGCCUUUAGCCCUUCCCAUCCACUGCUCCCUUUGAGACAAAAGCAACAAAAAUCUUUACAGGGAGAAGACAGCCCUGGUCAUCGACAUCGUUCUAACUCUCUGACCCGUGUUGAUGGGCAACCACGAGGUUCAGUUCUUGCGUGGCCAGAAAAGAAACCCAGGCCUCUGUCUCAGCCAACACCAUUUGCUCUUCAUCAUUCUGCAAGCACUGAUGUGGACCCUGGGUCUGGUGAUAGCAUUAGUCUGGCUAGAUCGAUCAGCAAAGACAGUCUUGCUUCUAACAUUGUUAAUGUGACUCCAAAAAACCAGGCCCAUCCUCCGUCAGUGAAGACUAAUGGGAAGAGCUUGCUGAACAAUGUUGAAAUUGAGGAUGAAGAUGAAGAGCUUAUUGCAAUAAUCAGAUCUGAAGAAAGGCCAAACCGUGGUGACCUCGAAUUGCAGAAUGCAUCAGCCAGGGUGCCCAGCAUCAUCGCAACUGCAUGGUCUCCAAAAACGAACAGCGAGGCUGCCGAAAGCAAACCAGACAGCUUUUACUUGGAGCCCUUGAUGCCUGCAGUUCUGAAACCAGCAAAGGAAAAACAGAUCAUCAAUAAGGAGGAUGAAUGUGGGGAGGGAAAGCAAAGGAAUUUUAUAACAAGACGAUUCAAUGAGGGACACUUGCCUUUGGUCCGCAAGAAAACAAGUAGCUCUCAUGGGGACCAUGACCUCAGUAAGGCUUUUACUCCGAUUUCUAGUUCUGAUUUCGCUCCGGUUGCAGAUCCUAGUCCUGCAGACUCAGUAACGCUAUUGGAAGCAGGGUUAGAAGCUUCCAGACCUUUGGCUUGUAGCAGUUUAGAACCUUCAUCUCAGGAGCAAUCCACUGGGGGAUUUUUUCUUCAUACUGCUAAAUCUGAUGAUGACAUAGCUAGCAAAGUCAGUUUAAGUUAUGUGAAAAGUCUCAAUUCGCAUGUUGCAGAUACUACAUGGACUAUGGUGAGACAGGACUCUGAUUCAGAUCUUUUGGACAUAGAUGAUGCUGAACAGGAUAUGGUAGUCAUAGAUGACCAUCCAAUAGUCGCUAAAUACAUAGGUGAGGAAGAAUCUGCAAAGUUGCAAGAAGAUAUGAAGGUGAAAGAACAUGAAGAUAAGGAUGAUGCCAGUGGACGUUCCAGUCCGUGCCUGAGUACAAUUUCUCAAGUUAGCAGCGUGUCAAUGGCGAGUGGGAGUGUCCGAAUGACCAGUUUUGCAGAGCGAAAGCUCCAAAGGCUUAACAGCUAUGAAACAAAGUCCAGCACAAGCAGUUCACAAAAGACCACACCAGAUGGAUCAGAAAGCUGCCCAGCCCCCCUGACCACCUGGAAACAGAAACGAGAGCAAAGCCCCAGCAGACAAAAUAAAGAUAAUGUUAAUCUUUUAGCUUCUGAAUUGGUGCAGCUUCAUAUGCAGUUGGAAGAGAAGCGAAGAGCGAUAGAAGCUCAGAAGAAGAAGAUGGAAGCCUUAUCAGCAAGGCAGCGACUAAAAUUGGGCAAGGCUGCUUUCUUGCAUGUUGUUAAAAAAGGUAAAUCUCCUGAUGUUCCACAGCCACUGAAACCAGAACAUUUUGCAAAAGAGUAUCCUCGGCAUAAUGGGGAAGACUUAGAUGAAGUUCUGAGCUCCAAGUCUGAGGAGUUUCUUGUGAAAGAUGAGGAGAGAGAAGAAAUGCUUAAUGAUUCUCCAGAAGUAACAAAAGUAAAAAUGCAAGAAGGCUUAGCUUUUGCUGAACAACUUAAACCAAAAGACCCUGCUGCUAUACAUGAAUUAGAAAAAACUAAGAUUAUUUCUGUUGCCCUUCUAGAAGACAAUGUUGGCGAAGUCGAUAUUAAUGAAUGUGAUCUCUCUAUUGAAAAGCUAAAUGAAACAAUCAGUACCCUUCAGCAGGCUAUAUUAAAGAUUUCUCAGCAGCAGGAGCUGCUUAUGAAGUCUCCAACAGUGCCAUCACCAGGUACCAGAAGUAACUCUCAGGACCAAAAGGUAAAACCAUCAAUUCAUUUUAUCGAGCCCCUAUCUCCAACUGGAAUGAAUAAUCUUCGUAAGCCACCUCGCUUUGCUCAAGGAAGAAAUCCUCGAUCGGGAAGACCAGCAGACCUGAAAGUCGGGAAAGACAGACAGCAAAAUUCAGCACGUAUUAAAACUCCAACCCCAAGCCUAGAAACCUUACCACAUUUAAGAGCAUUUCCACCCAAUAGCUUGUCAAGGACACCAACAGAAAUUGGCCUGGAGAACAGUCCUGAUCAUGGAAUUGUAUCUCAAGAGAAAUGUUUCUUUGAUACCUAUAGACUUCAUGAUGAGAGUAAUCAACGGGCACUUGUUCUCUCAACGUCCAAGGAUGCAAAUAUUAUUUCUGAAAUGAGCAAAGAAGUGAACAACAGCUUAAAAGAAACGGGAUUGGAUUGUUCUGAUGGCUCAGGAAAAGAAAACGUCCCAGUGGAUGAGCCAUUGAGAAGCAAAGCUAAUCUCAUUGAAGUAGACUUAUCUGAUUUAAAAGCUCCAGAAGAAGGAGAACUUGAAAACCAGGAUAGCUCUACAGACAUAAUUAGUGAAGGUGAUCAGAAGUCUGGUGUGGGGUUUUUCUUCAAGGAUGAGCAGAAAGCAGAAGAUGAGCUGGAGCAGUUGGAGGCUGAAGUGGAGCAGAAAAGAGAUGAAGCCCGUCGCAAAGCUGAGGAGGACCGAAUACGGAAAGAAGAAGAAAAGGCUCGAAGAGAACUUAUCAAGCAAGAAUAUUUAAGGAAAAAACAGCAGCAAAUUUUGGAGGAGCAAGGUCUUGGAAAACCCAAACCCAAGCCCAAGAAACCCAGGCCGAAAUCUGUCCAUCGUGAAGAAUCUUACAGUGAUUCAGGGACAAAGUGUUCGUCCACACCUGAUAAUUUAAGCAGUGCUCAGUCUGGUUCCAGUCUGUCUUUGGCCUCAGCAGCAACAACUGAACCUGAAAGUGUGCACUCGGGUGGCACUCCGUCUCAGCGGGUUGAAUCAAUGGAGUCCUUGCCGAUAUUGAGUAGAAAUCCUAGCAGGAACACAGAACGUGACUGGGAAAAUGCGUCGACAGCAUCUUCGAUUGCUUCGGUGGCAGAGUACACAGGUGGAUACUUUCAUUUUAGUUUGGACAUCUUUCAAUAA